CUAGAGCCGAGUACCAGGGAAGGGUAUCAGCUCUUGAAGAAGCUAUUGGUAGCGAGAGUGAAAAGAGACUCAGUCAGAGGUAGAUAAGGGAGAGGAGUGGAAGGAGAGAGAAGAAACACUGCGGGUGUGAGAUGGAGGCAAAGUACUUGGAGCAAGUUGAGGAGAUUCAGCAAGAGUGUACCAGAGACAAGGAGGCUGCUCUGGAUGACUCUGGAAGGAGGACUACAGACUGAGCUGAGGAGAGCUCAAGACAUCCACAAACAGGCCCUGGUGGUGCAGCGGGAACAGCUUCAGACUGACUUUGAGGGGCAACUAUUAGCCGCACACGAGACAAUUCAAACUCUGCAGGCUGAGCUCCAGAGGGCAGGUCAGCGGGAGGGGGUUAACAUUGAGGAAGUGAUGGCUAAGGCUGCCAAGGAGCAGGCGGUAAAGUAUGAGGAGAUGCUACGAGAGGUACACCAGGCUGGGGUAGUGGCCCUGGAGGCAGAGAGAGAGGAGGAGAGAGGGAGACAUCAGGAGGAGGUGGAGAGACUCAGGGAGGACUUUGACACCAGACUGCACCAAGAGUUGGAGGAGUUGACCCAGUCCCACAAGGCAGAGGUCGGUCUCCUGCAGCAGCAGUACCAGACACAGCUGGACUCACUCACCCUCUCCCACCAGCACAAUAAGGCUCAGGCCAGAGAGGCGAUUGAGAAGAGUGUGAGGACGAGUACAGAGAAGGAGUUCCAGUCUCGACUCCAGCAGCUACAGAAUGAACACACCACCCAACUCAGCAAGUCCCCUCAAGUGUAUGGCUUUUACACCACCUUAAACAAUUGGCUACAGCUUCCGUAUUUUCUCAAUCCUCAAAUAGACACUGCACUGUUGAUUGGCUGUGAUAUACUACACAGAGUGGUGGAGGAGGAGGGGGCAGAGAGAGUGGCACAGGUACAUCAAGAGCUGGAGAGAGUUAAGGAGGAGCUGGUGGAAGUGAGGGAGGUUGUGGAGGAGCAGCGAGGAGUCCUGAGGGAGAGAGAGGAGGAGAGGGAGAGACUGAGUCUCCAGGUCCAGGCAGCUGUAUCAGGAGAAAGGGAUAGGGAGGACCAGAGGGACAGACAGCACCGCGAAGACACUGCCUCUCUUGCCAUCCUCCAGAAACAACUGAGUGCUCUCACCAAUGAGAAGUACAUAAGACCUCCGUGAUAAUAAAACAUUUACACCACCCAAUUUAGGUUACACAAAUUAUUGCACUGCGUGUUCCUGCAAGAUUUUGAAAUGUUGGGGCUUUGUGUGAUUGUAACUGCAUCUGCCUUGCUCUGUGCUUGUAGCAUGACUGUCAUCA